AUGGGCUCAGUCGAACAAUCCAACUUUUCUGCGCCACCCGUGGUCGCCUCAGCCAGAGGUCUCCUGUUGGAUUUCGAUGGCACAAUCAUCGACAGCACAGCAGCCAUCAUCAAGCACUGGCACAAGCAAGGUGAAAUCAUGGGUGUUGAUCCCAACGUUAUCCUCGCCAGCUCACAUGGACGGAGGAGCAUUGAUGUAUUCAAGAUGUACGAUCCGUCCAAAGCAAAUUGGGAAUAUAUCAUCCACCAAGAGAGUCUCAUACCCAAAGAAUUCGGUCAAGAUGCCGUCGAAAUCCCCGGCGCGCGCAAACUUCUGGCAAGUCUCGACGACGUGAAUGUGCCCUGGGCAGUCGUCACUUCAGGAACAAGAGGCCUUGUGAACGGCUGGAUUGAGGUGCUGAAGCUUGCCCAUCCACGCACCAUGGUUGUGGCAGAGGAUGUCGAAAACGGCAAACCCGACCCGACCUGCUAUUUACUCGGCCGCCAACGUUUGAGGCUUCCUGAGAAUGCCGAAAUGAUUGUCUUCGAAGAUGCUCCCGCAGGAGUCCGCGCCGGAAAAGCUGCCGGGUUCAAAGUCAUAGGACUGGCCACCACCCACACUGUUGGCCAGUUGAGAGACGCAGGAGCCGACUGGAUCGUGGAAGAUCUGAGAAGUGUCAAACUGAAGGACUUCAAAGAUGGAGUGGUGCAAGUGGAGAUCGUCAAUGGAUUGGUUGAUACCUUUUGA